UUCUUCUUUUAGACAAAUUAUACCCAUUUCUGUUCAAACGUUUCAUCAAAAUUUGCGGAAAACACAACAAAUUCCAGAGUUCAUUAUCAAAAUUUCUUUACAGUUCAAAAAAAAAAAAAAAAAAAAAAAAAAACCUCCAACUUCAUCUUCUUCCUUGACCGCUAAGAAACCUGAACGUGCAAGCUCCAUUGUUGACUGUGAAUAUCUUUGCGAUUUCCAUAUUGAUCUUCGAGAUUUAGCUUCGAAUCCCUUCUGAAGUGGUUCAUCCGCAACCCGACCAUGGCGUCGCAUGCCGAUUACCUUGAGAAAAUGCAGCUUCGUCAGGAUUACAGAAAUUUCUGGCAUACGGAUCUCACGGGCACCAUUUCUGCCAAUACGCCUUAUUGUUGCUUUUCUAUAUUCUGUGCCCCAUGUGCUUCUUACCUUCUGCGGAAACGAGCUCUUUAUGACGAUAUGUCGAGAUACAAAUGCUGUGGUGGUUACAUGCCUUGUAGUGGCAAAUGUGGAGAAGGCCACUGCCCUGAAGCUUGUCUAUGCACCGAGGUUUUCUGUUGCUUUACAAAUUCAGUUGCAUCAACACGUUUCAUGUUGCAAGACGAGUUCAAUAUACAGACAACUGAGUGUGAUAACUGCAUCAUCGGCUUUAUGUUGUGCCUCUCACAACUGGCUUGCAUAUGCUCCAUAAUUGCUUGCUUGCUUGGAAGUGAAGAACUUCAAGAAGCCUCAGAUAUAGUGACCUGUUUAUCUAACCUUGUGUACUGCAGUGUAUGUGCGUGCAUGCAGACACAACACAAGGUGGAGUUAGACAAAAGGGAUGGCAAGUUUGGACCCCAACCAGCCAUGGCUGUGCCUCCUACACAGCAGAUGUCUCGGAUCAAUCAACCGAUCCCCGGUCCAGUCGGAUAUCCUCCUCCGAUGUAUGGACAACCCUUUGGACACCCAGCCCCUCCCUAUGUUCAAGGCUACCCGCCCCCUCCCUCGGCUCAAGGCUACCCGCCACCUCCCCUGGCUCAAGGCUACGCAUCCCCUCCCCCAACACAAGGCUACCCGCCCCCUCCCUCGACUCAAGGUUACCCGCCUCCUCCCCCAGGUCAAGGCUUCUCGUCUCCUCCCCCGACUCAAGGCUACCCACCUCCUCUUCAUGCUGAAGACUAUCCGCCACCAGCUUAUCCUCUGCAUCAGCCACCUAGUCAAUACAAGUGAUUUGUUCCACAUCGUUUUCCUCCUCGUGUGGUAUACGUUGCCUGAAUCUGCCUCCCUAACAGUAAUGGAGCUUUCAUGUCCUAGCUUUUGACGUUUGAUUGUGCGUUUCAUUGUUGAAACCUAUAUCGUGAUGUUUUUGUGUGUACAAAUCAUAUAUACUUUCAUUGUCGACUUAAGCAUUGAGCUACUAUGUACAACUAUACAUUGUUUGGUCUUGAGAGGAACCAACAAAAAAAAACCUACUCAUGAUUGCUAUUUAAUACAAUUCGUGCUCUUUCUUUUC